AUUCAAAUUUCACACACCACAAGUGAAAAGACUUCUGACUACGCAGAUCAAAAAUACCAGUCAAUUAAGGAGAUCAACCAUUAACCUGGGGCUGGAAAAAGGCAGGGCAUAUAAAGUGAUCAACAUCCCUCCUCAGUCUUCUUCUUACCUGGGGCAGACAUGGCGAAAGGCUUCUACCUGAGCAAAGUCACGGCAGUAAUCUGUGUGGUGGUAGCUAUCGCUGCUGCGGCCACCAUCAUAGCCCUGGCUGUGGUCUACUCCCAAGAGAAGUCAAAGAAUGAAGGGACGAGUCCAUCCACUCCUGGUCCCACAUCCGCAACAGCAUCUCCAUCCACCCCAAUCCCCACUACACCCUCUACCCCAAAAGAGCCCUGGCAGCGCUACAGACUCCCAGACUCCCUCGUUCCCAUCUCUUACGAUGUGACCCUGUGGCCCCGGCUGGAGCCCAACACACAGGGCCUCUACAUCUUCCUCGGAAACUCCAGGGUUGUUUUCAGAUGUGAGAAGGAGACAGACCUCAUCCUUAUCCACUCCAACAAGCUCAACCUAACCCUGUUUGAUGGAUACCUAGCCAAGCUUACAGGCCACAAUGGAGUCACGGCGCCCAUCAUAAAGAAAACCUGGCUGGAGGUCACCACACAGUACCUGGUGGUGCAGUUGAUGAGCCCGCUGAAGAAUGGGGCUGUGUACGAACUCUUCACUGAGUUUGUUGGAGAGCUGGCCGACGACCUGGGAGGAUUCUACAGAAGUGAAUACGAGGAGGAUGGAGUGAAAAAAGUUGUGGCGACCACUCAGAUGCAGCCGACAGAUGCCAGGAAAGCUUUCCCCUGUUUUGAUGAACCUGCCAUGAAGGCUAUCUUCCACAUAACUCUCCUCCACCCUCACGGGACUGUGGCUCUGUCCAACGGCAUGAACCAUGAGCCUCUUAAUGUCACUUUAGACGGCAUGGAUGUAAUCCAGACUAGCUUUGAACCUACAGAGAUCAUGUCUACUUACCUUCUGGCUUUCGUUGUGUGUGAUUUUACAUACAUUAAGAACUCAACUGGAGCAGAUGUUCUGAUCAGGAUCUGGGCCCGCAAGAAGGCAAUAGAGGAGGGUCAGGGAGAUUACGCUCUGGAGAAGACUGGACCCAUCCUGGCUUUCUUCGAGAAUUACUACAACAUUUCUUAUCCUCUGAGCAAGUCAGAUCAGAUCGCUCUUCCUGACUUCAGUGCAGGAGCCAUGGAGAACUGGGGUCUGAUCACAUACAGAGAAACUGCCCUCUUAUACAACCAGGGGGUAUCAUCCAAUGGAGACAAAGAGUGGGUGGCAACAGUCAUCUCUCAUGAACUCGCUCAUAUGUGGUUUGGAAACUUGGUGACGACAAAGUGGUGGAAUGACCUGUGGCUCAAUGAGGGGUUUGCUUCCUACGUCUCGUAUCUUGGAGCCGACUAUGCUGAGCCAACGUGGAAUAUGAAAGAUUUAAUCGUCCUAAAUGAAAUUGUUGGUGUGAUGGGUAUUGAUGCCUUGGCAUCCUCCCACCCCCUCUCAACCAAAGAGGAGGAAAUCCAGAAACCAGAGGACAUAAGUCAGCUGUUUGACUCCAUUACAUACAGCAAGGGAGCUGCAGUCCUCAGGAUGCUCUCACAGUUCAUCACUGAAGGAGUCUUCUCAAAUGGUCUCCAAACAUACUUGAGGGAGUUCAAGUACAGCAACACAGUCUACCAAGACCUCUGGAAACACCUGCAAAUGGCUGUUGAUAAAGCUGGCAUAGACCUGCCUUACUCUGUGGAGGAGAUCAUGAACCGUUGGAUCCUACAGAUGGGGUUCCCUGUGGUCACCAUUGACAGCAAGACAGGAAGCAUCACUCAGAAACACUUUUUGUUGGACCCAAAUUCUGUUGUGGAAAGACCCUCGCCGUACAACUAUGAGUGGUUUGUCCCUGUUACAUGGAUUAAAACUGGUGGAAAGACACAGCAGUACUGGCUUCUUAAUGAUGCAGAUACAAAUGUAGACCUGAUUCUUGGUCCAAGUGAUUGGUUGGUGGCCAAUAUAGAUAUGGCGGGUUUCUACAGAGUCAACUACGACUCUGAAAACUGGGAGCGUCUCCUUAGCAAGCUGAGCUCCAGUCAUAAGGAUAUUCCUGUGAUCAACCGAGCCCAAAUCAUCGACGAUGCUUUUAACCUUGCAAGGGCAAGGAUGGUGAACACAACUCUGGCUCUGAGGACCACCAAGUUCCUGGAUAAAGAAGUUGAAUAUAUGCCCUGGGAGACAGCCAGUCGCAACUUGAACUACUUCUACCUCAUGUUUGAUCGCAGUGAAGUGUACGGACCCAUGCAGGCUUACAUAAAGAAACAGGUCACUCCUCUGUUCAACUACUUCAAGAGUCUCACCCUAGACUGGACAACGAUCCCAGAAAAACACACUGACCAGUACAACCAGGAGAAUGCUAUCUCCAUGGCCUGCGGCACUGGAGUGGCAGGCUGUAAGGAGCUGACCACAGGCUGGUUCAAAGAGUGGAUGGACAACCCUGAAAACAAUACGAUUAGUCCCAAUCUGAAGUCCACAGUGUACUGCAAUGCCAUCGCAGCAGGAGGAGUGAAGGAGUGGGACUUUGCCUGGUCCAUGUACAAAAAAGCCACCAUCGCCUCAGAGGCUGAUAAACUCAUGUAUGCUCUGUCCUGUACCAAACAGCCCUGGUUGCUCAACAGAUAUCUGGAGUAUUGUCUUGAUCCAACAAAGAUCCGUAAGCAGGAUGCUACUUUCACCAUUGUUUACAUUGCUGGAAAUUCUGUCGGUCAGCCUCUGGCGUGGGACUUCAUCAGAGCCAACUGGGACCAUAUAUUCAAUGACUAUGGUGGUGGAUCAUUUUCUUUUGGAAGACUCAUUGAUGGAGUGACGAAACGAUUCUCCACUGAGUUUGAGUACAAACAGUUGCUGCAAUUCAAAGAAGACAACGCGGGGCAGUUCGGCUCGUCCUCUGCGUCUCUUGAGCAGGCUCUAGAGAGAACAAAAGCCAACAUUGACUGGGUGGCACAGAACAAGAAACAGGUGCUGGACUGGCUGACCGCUGAAGCUUCCCCUUCACUUUAACACUCUCAACUGCACAGUUUGUCUAGUGUAGACUCUAACUCAGGCAGAGACCAAAUUAUUGUUGUUAUAAAUGUCCUGAAUGUGAUGGAGCUUUUUUUAAGAUGCAAAGUUUUGAUUAAGACUUUUUAAGAAUAAAGACUAUUUAAUAUAUAAAAAAAUGUGGUAGCCAUAUUAUCUUUAAAAAUGUUGUGCCUUUGUCUCCUCUGGUUGAAGUAGAGAAUUCCUUAAGGCCAUUUGGGGUUUUUUUCAGGGCUGUCAACGUAAGUACGUUGAUCCUGAUACGAUGCAGGUCCGAAAUGAACAUGUUAUUUAAACAGAAAAGGCUAUUUCAUCCCUUACGGCACACCGUAGUAAAGCAGCCACGGCCGCUUCCUGCUUUCUGCAGGAAAAUGGUGGAAAAUACUUGUACGAACAACACUGGACUUUGAAUAGAACAUAGCAAUUAAAAAUACCCCUUACAGCUCACGGGACUUUGUGUCAAACAGAAUAUCACUGCAGUAUUACAAGUUUGUGCCUCCACCUUUGAGCUGAACAUACAUGUGUUGCUUAUCAGACUGCUGUCAGUGUUCAACCUCAUCACAUAAAGCCAGCAGAGCCCCAUUCUGGAGUGUAGAAAUCUCCACAGACCUGUGGAUGAAACUAUAGAAACUAGGGUAUAACAGUGCUUGCUAAAUGGGUGUCAACAGACUGCAGGAAAGUCAAACUAUGGAUGGCUCAAUUUUAAGUGACAUGCUCAGGUUAGGUUGGCAUGUUGUGAUCAGUCAUGCCUUAUCGUCACAGGGAACAAUAGUUUCACACACACAAACAGGACCUGUUUGAAACAAAAGAAGAAACCAAGCUGGACCUCCUGGAAACCACUUCCAUUUGAUUCUGAAAUCAAAGAUGCUUGUAACAAUUGCUUUACAUUCUUAAUAUGGACUUAAAACUUUUAAAAUGAUUAUUUUUUAUUAUU